AUGAUUUCGUUUUUAUUAUCAUACUCUAGGCUUGAUAAAUACAAAUUUUUAGAAUCAGAAUGGACUUUGAUGCAAUCAAAGUUGCAAAACUACACAUUCGAAUUACAUUAUCUUACUUCCGCUCAAGAAUACGGAUUUACUCUUUGGAAAGAUAGUAUAAUGACUGGAAGUAAAGUUGUCCAAUUAGAUGAUUCACUUAUAUAUGCAGGAAAAUUCAACGUUGAUUCAAUUUCAUGCAAUGGAACGUAUAUUCAACCAAAAAUACCAGAUGUAAUUCAACAAUUUAGUUCAACUAUCAACGACAAAGACAAUGAAAAUUACCAUAUUGAGAUUAAACUCGAAGAUUCUCUUACAAUUACUGUCGAGAUUUUAGAAGAUACACAUGCAAAGAUAGUUAUGAUGAAACAUGGAAGUAUAAAGAUAGCUGAGUUCAAUGCUUUAGUAGAUUCGAUUUCUUCUUCAAGAUUGAAAAUUUCUAAAAAUUUAUUAAUUUACAUUGCAUUAAUAGCAUUCAUAGUAGUACAGAUUGCUAAUACAUGUUGUAAUUGCGUAGGCUUCUUUAACAAUAACUAUAAGAAGCUUUCUAGUCUUAAACAAGCAGUCAAAGAAGCAAAGAAAGAAGUAGAUGAAGAAUAUGAUGAUGAAGAGGAACAAAAUGAUGAAGAAGAGGAGAUUCCUCAAAAGAAAAAUACUGAUAAGAAAGAUUCUGUCAAAAAGAGAACCCAUAAAUAA